UCCAACAGUCCAAGGGAGUUCCUCACCCAACAGUCCUCCCCCACCAUGAGUUCAAAGCGCAAGUUUCCCGUUACCAUGAGUGUGGAUCGAGUGUCGAGUGACCUUAUGAACCCCAGUCCCCGGCCGUCUCCUCCUCCUCCUCGCAGAGCCAACGGAACCGUUCCGUCUAAUAUGGGAGCUCCUGUCGUUAAUGGAUUUGAUAAGUUCCAGGUAUCCAGAGACUACUCCACAUCAGGUGACCAUCCUCUCUCCCUCAAGAAGGGAGACGUUGUGGAGGUACUGGACAACAAGAUAGAGGAGAGAUGGUUCGUGAGGACGCAAUCGGCCAGCCCUGAGGCGGGGUGGGUCCCACCCACUGUCCUCAUGCCCAUUGGGAGGGACGAGGACUGA